AUGUCGCAAGAUACUGGUUUGUUCAGUAUUAAGCGCCCUCGAGAAACUCUCGGGAGUGUGCAGAACUUUUCCGCGAUUCCACAACCCGCGUCUGCACUGAAGCGCACGAGCUCGAUCGGAUUCAACAACCCUCCCUUUUCUUCUCAGCACCACCGAGCCUCGCUGAUGGGCUCAUCUGGGCGCCCUCAGCAACCUAAUUUUACGCGAAUGUCAGUUGGUGGGCCGCUCGGCGCCGACGCUGGACUAUCCUCUGUCCGACGGUCUGUGUCCAGUAACUUGUUCAACGGACCUAGCAUGGGACGGCAGAGCUUUGCACCAGGAUCAAUGUCGUCCAACCCAGCACCCCCGAAUCCACAGCGCAGAAGUAGUGUGUUCUCACGGCCAUCUACGGGUGGAGGCCCUAUGGGACAUCAAUCCUUUUUCACCCAGGUCCCCACUGUAGCAGGAGUUCCCAGAGAUCCUCGUCCGCUCAGAGAUCGAUCAUUCCAGGCUCGGAUUGGACAAGAACUUUUGGAAUACCUGACCGUGAAUGGAUUCGAGUUGGAAAUGAAGCAUACGCUCGGCCAAAACACUCUACGCUCGCCAACUCAGAAGGACUUCAAUUACAUUUUCCAGUGGUUGUAUCACCGAAUCGACCCGGGGUACAAGUUCCAAAAGGCGAUGGAUGCGGAAGUGCCUCCUAUUCUGAAGCAACUACGAUAUCCCUAUGAGAAGGGCAUUACAAAAUCGCAAAUUGCGGCCGUUGGCGGUCAAAACUGGUCCACAUUCCUCGGUAUGCUGCAUUGGCUGAUGCAGUUGGCGCAAAUGAUGGAUCGCUAUCAAACGGGCGACUAUGAUGACGCUUGUGCCGAAGCGGGCGUGGAUGUCACCGGCGAUCGCAUUAUCUUCCGCUUCCUAACACAAGCCUACCACGAUUGGCUGCAAGGCGGCGAAGAUGAGGACGACGACACCGCCGAAAAGCGCCUGGUCCCUCACGUUGAAAACAUGUCUCGGGAGUUUGCCUAUGGCAAUGAGCGGUACGUGCAGGAGAUGGAGGCGCUCGAUGCGGAAAACCGGGCCCUUCGUGAUCAGAUCGAAGAAGUGGAAAAGAGUGCCCCUGAUAUCGCCAAAUUGGAUAAGCACUUCCGUAUCCUUGAAGACGACAAGCGGAAAUUUGAGGAUUAUAAUCAGAACGUCAAAGGAAAAAUCGAGAAGUACGAGACUCGCAUCAAGUUCCUCGACGCUGAAAUCCAAAAGACCGACACCGAUCUGCAUGCCACAGAGUCUGAGCGAUCCGAGCUCCAAGCUAGCGUCGACCGCCAGGGCAUUACCAUCCAAGAUAUUGAUCGCAUGAACUCGGAGCGAGAGCGUCUACAGAAAAACCUGGAGGAUACUGUCGCUCGCCUCGAGGAGACCCAUGCCCGCGUCAUGGAGAAAGAAGCCGAAGCCAGCCAGAAGUUGGAAGACUUGGAGCAGAUUGUGAAGGCUUACAACACUUUGGGCUAUCAAACUAGCUUGAUUCCCGCCGCGGCCGAGAAUGCCCGGGGCCAAGACUUUGAGCUUGGUUUGAACAUCAAUGAGAACAACUUCUCGGCAAGUCAGAUUGGGGGCCCUCCCAACCGCAUUUCUCCUGAGGGAGAUCGUUUAUUGGCGGAACCUUUCACAGGGUACCACCCGGCGCACCUGCUCAGCCUGGACCUUCGGGGCUCCGUCCGAAACAGUCUACAAUCUCUGCGGAAAGAGAUUAAUGAACGGCGGAAGCAGGGCAUUGACGAUGACCUCGACCGGCGCAAUCUACUUGACAACAUCAAGGAGGCUAUGGACGAAAAACGGAGCGAGGUCGAGGCCCUGGAGCAUCGACGCCGGGCGGCUGAGGAGGAAUUUGAACGCACCAAGGAAAUUACCACUACGCAGAAGACUGCCUCCGAUGCCCAAAUUGAGAAAAUGGAGAAGGAACUCGCCAAGAUGCGCGCCACCCUCAGCGACAGUGUCCAGCUCAUGGAGCAACGUGAGAUGAACACCAACAUUGAGUACGAGCAACUCACCCUCCGGGCCAAUGCUCUCCGGGAGGAAUUGCACACCAAUGUGGAGACCAUGUUGAACGAUGUCAUCCGCUUUAAGGUCCAUGUCCAGAAGGGCCUCGAAGACUACGAAAGCUUUGUUGUUGACGAAGUGGAGCAAGAGCUUGGUGGCGAGGAACUUGAAGAGGAGCUCUGA